AUGACAACAGCUGCUGCCACAACACCAACAGCUGUUAAAACCACCGCAGCAGCUGCCACAACCACAACAGCUACCCCAGCAGCUGCGACAACAACAGAUGCAACCACAACCACAGCUGCUGCCACGAUAACCACAGCUGUUCAAACAACAUCCACCGGAGCAGCCACCACAACCACAGCAGCUACUACAGCAGCUACUACAACAGCUGCCAAGACAACCACAGCUGUUCAAACUGACACUACUGCUGCCAUGACAACCACAGUGGCUGCCACGACAACCACAGCUGCUACCACAACAACCAAAGCUGCUGCCACAACAACCAUAAAUGCUGCCACAACAAACACAGGUGCUCCAACUACAAACACAGCUGUACCAACUACAACCACAGCUGCAGCCACGACAACCACAGCUGCUCCAACUACAACCAAUAUUGCUGCCACAACAACCACAGAUGCUGCAACAACUAGAAUCACAGCAGAUGCAACCAUGACAACAGCUGCUGCCACCACAACCACAGCUGUUAAAACUACAACCAUCACAGCAGCCAAAACAACCACAGCAGGUACCCCAGCAGCUGCCACGACAACCACAGCUUCUCCAACAACAACCACAGCUGCUUCCACUACAACCAAAUCUGCCACCACGACCACCACAGCUGGCAUAACAACUAACAAGUUUACUGCAAAAACAACCACAACAACCACAGCUGUACCUACCACAACUUCAGCUGAAUCCAAGACAACCACAGCUGCUCCAACUACAACGACUACAGCAGCCACGACAGCCACAGCUGCUGCCACGACAACCACAGCUUCUGCCACAACAACCACAGCUGCACGCAUGACAACCACAGCUUCUGCCACAACAACCACAGCUGCAGCCACGACAACCACAGCUGCUGCCACGACAACCACAGCAGCUGCCACGACAACCACAGCAGCUGCCACGACAACCACAGCAGCUGCCACGACAACCACAGCAGCUGCCACGACAACCACAGCAGCUGCCACAACAACCACAGCUGCUCCGAAUAUAACCAAAGCUGCUGCCACAACAACUACAGAUGCUGUCACAAAAACCACAGCUGCUCCAACUACAAACACAGCAGACGCAACCACAACCACAGCUGCCGCCACGACCACCAGAGAAGGCUUAACAACUACCACAUUUGCUGCCACAAUGACCACAGCUGCUUUGACUACAACCACAGCUGUAUCAACUACAACUACAGCUGUAAUCACAGCAGAUGCAACAAUGACAACAGCUGCUGCCACAACACCAACAGAUGUUAAAACCACCGCAGCAGCUGCCACAACCACAAAAGCUACCCCAGCAGCUGCCACAACAACAACAGGUGCUCCAACUACAACCACAGCUUCUCCAACAACAACCGCAGCUGCUUCCACUACAUCCACAGCUGCCACCACGACCUUCACAGCUGGCAUAACAACUACCACAGUUGCUGCUUUGACUACAACCACAGCUGCUCCAACCACAACUACUGCAGCAUCCACGACAACCACAGUGGCUGUCACAACAACCAAAGCUGCUCCGACUAUAACCAAAGCUGCUGCUACUACAACCACAGAUGCUGCCACAACAACCACAAAUGCUGUCACAACAACCACUGCUGCUCCAACUACAAACACAGCAGAUGCAACCACAACCACAGCUGCCGGCAUAACUACCAAAUUUGCUGCCAAAACGACCACAGCUGCUUUGACUACAACCACAGAUGUACCCACUACAACUACAGUUGCAGCCACGACAACCACAGCUGCUCCAACUACAACUACUGCAGCAGCAACGACAACCACAUCUGCUGCCACGACAACCACAGCUCCUGCCACAACAACCACAGCUGCUCAGACUACGACCAAAGCUGCUAACACAAAAACCAUAGAUGUUGUCACAACCACCACAGCUUCUCCAACUACAACCACAGCAGACACAAUGAUGGCAACAGCUGCUACCUCGACAACCACAGCUGUUAAAACUACAACCACCGCAGCAGCCAGCACAACCACAGCGGCUACCCCAGCAGCUGCCACAACAACCACAGGUGCUGCAACUACAACCACAGCUUCUCCAACAACAACCACAGCUGCUUCCACUACAACCAAAGUUGACAAAACGACCACCACAGCUGGCAUAACAACUGCCACAGUUGCUGUCACAUCGUCCACAGCUGCUUUGACUACAACCACAGCUCUACCAACCUCAACUUCAGCUGAAGCCAAGACAACCACAGCUGCUCCAACUGAAACUACUGCAGCAGGCACGACAAUCACAGCUGCUGCCACGACAACCACAGCGGCUGCCACAACGACCAAAGCUGCUGCCACAACAACCAAAGCUGCUGCCACAACAACCAAAGCUGCUGCCACAACAACCAAAGCUGCUGCCACAACAACCAAAGCUGCUGCCACAACAACCAAAGCUGCUGCCACAACAACCAAAGCUGCUGCCACAACCACCAAAGCUGCUGCCACAACAACCAAAGCUGCUGCCACAACAACCAAAGCUGCUGCCACAACAACCAAAGCUGCUGCCACAACAACCAAAGCUGCUGCCACAACAACCAAAGCUGCUGCCACAACAACAACAGAUAGCAGCCACAACAUCCACAGCAGCAACUACAGCAGCUGCUACCAUGACAAACAUUGCUGCAGCCACGACAACCACAGCUUUUGCCACAACAACCAUAGCAGCUGCUACCACUAA